AUUGCAAUUAUAUCAUCAUGCAAAGUCAGAGUGACAUGUCGAACUACUCACAACCACCCCCAGCAGCCAAGGUGGCCGACCAACCUGCAGUCAAACCGCAACUCCCCCACCUGAGCCUAGAGAAACUCCCCUCCAUCCUCCCCUCCAUUGAAACCUCUCCCACGGUAUCCCUCCACCUGUCCCCCGUAUCGUCCUGUCCCGAAGCAGAAGACCUAGAAAACGGCCACCAAGUCCUCCACCGGAUCCCAAGUGCCCCCUCGCCGUAUCUCUCCCUUCCCCCCUGGCGCAAAAAGAUCAUCGUCUUCACGACCUCCUUCACGGCCCUUACUGUGACCUUCGCAUCGACGAGUCUCAACCCUGUCACCCUAGAAGUCGCCGAGUCCCUCAACACCACGUCCGCCGUCAUCUUGAUAACGAAUUCCCUUGUCCUCUUGACGAUGGGCUGCUCGAAUUUCGUCUGGGGGCCGAUCACACGGAUUUUCGGGAGGAAAAAGGCUUGGUUGGCUGCUUGUGUGAUUUUCACGCUGUGCACUCUCGGCACUUGCCUUGUGCCAGAGGAUAAGGGGCAUUUGGGGUUGCGGGUCUUUAUCGCUAUGAGGAUAUUAUCCGGGAUUCAGGGGACUUUCUUUCAUGUAGCUGGGCAAACGUGGCUGGCUGAUUGUUUUGAACCGAAACAACGCGGUAUGGCGACAGGAUUCUUCUUGUGUGGGACAAUCUUCGGGCCAGCAUUCGGACCUUGUGUGGCUGGUAUUAUCGUCACCUUCGCCACAUGGCGUGCGGUGCUCUGGCUGCAAGUGUCAAUGAUUGGUACGGCCUUCCUCUUAUCCCUCUUCUUCCUGCCGGACAUCGAAAGGCCAGAUGAAACGGUCCCGGCAAAGUCCGAUAGUCGACUCCUCGAUUCGGCGAAAACAUUCAACCCAGGUAGGAUAUUCAAGCCAAUGCUAUAUCCGAAUGUGACCUUCACGCAUGUGACUUGUGGCUUCUUGUCUUGGUGCCAAUACACACUCCUCGCCGCACCCCGUCACCUCCUAAACCCGCGUUUCAACCUCACCACGCCCCUCGUUUCGGGUCUCUUCUACAUCGCGCCCGGAGUCGGGUUCCUCCUAGGCACCGUAAUCGGUGGCAAAUUUUCCGACAUGACCGUCAUCAAAUGGAUUCGCAUUCGGGGCGGUAUUCGACUCCCACAGGACAGGCUUCACAGCGGCAUGAUAUCGUUUUUCUUCCUCAUCCCAAUCUCGUCUUUGAUAUAUGGAUGGGGACUGGAAUACCAGAUUGGUGGGAUGGCUUUGCCGAUCGUGACGGCAUUCUUCUGUGCGAUGGGCUUGACCAUGGCUUUUUCCUCCGUCAACACCUAUUGUGCAGAAGUCCUGCCGAAACGGAGGACCGAGGUCAUUGCGGGCAAAUAUUUGGUCCAGUAUACUUCUGCAGCGAUCGGAAGUGCGUCCAUUGUACCCUUGAUUGACGCCAUUGGCGUCGGGCCGGCUACCACCAUUGGCGUCGUCUUUGCACUUUCUGGGGGUGUUUUGGUGUUGGCAACGGCCCGAUAUGGGCUGAGGAUGCAACAGUGGAUUGAAAGGAGACAUAGAUUUCUGGUUACUGGGCAGGUCACCGCUACGAUCUAAAAGUAGUAUACCAUAAACUCGAAUAGGACUAAAAUAG